UAAAAGUAGUCGUUUUGUGUCAUUGUAAUUUUCUGGUUAUGGAUUUGUAAUUAAUUGAUAAUAAGCUAUGCAAACGUUAAGAGAUGGGAUUUUUUUGACUUUAAUAACUUGAAUCUUGGCUUAUAUGUGGUACACAUACAUUAAAUACAUAAAUUGUUGGGGUUUUGACAACGAAAGAGGUGGCAGUCGCAUGAGGCGUGAAGAUGAGCGGUACAGAUGGAGGGACUGAGUAACAAGGAGUACCCUGGCUUGAUCGUGGAGGGCAACCCCGCGCCCGACAACCGCCAGAACAACGCGUCGUCUCCGGAGGGCCGCAAGCUGCAGCCGAUGGCGUUCACCAUACAUUUUGCCGAUAAGAAAGAUGCAGUUUCGCCGAAACAACUGUCCGAGUCUUUCAAUAAGUAUGCUUCAGGACACCGAAGGAACCCCUCCUAUCCCUCCGUGGAGAUUGCAAAGGACUCGAAGAGCUGUGCCAACAUGGUGCGGGCGGUGGGGCUGUCCCCCCUGCCCGUCAGGAAGUGCCUGGUCAGCCGCCGAGCCGGCUACCACUCGGAGGGCUACUUCUCCAGCGACCAGGAGGAGGACGUCAAGAUACGCAACGAGUUCUUCGUGAAGAAAUUCAGGAAUCUCGACAAAGUCCAGCGGACGACGAACCUCGCCCAGGAGAAGAAGAUCAUGUCACAGCAGCAGCCGAGCGGGCCGGCGCAGGCGGGGCAGGAGCAGUUCGGGGACUUCGCGGAGGAGCAGCCGGGGGUCCCCCUGGCGCCGCCCAGCGACGACGAGGACGAGGACGACGAGGAGGACGAGGACGAAGACGAGGAGGAGGAGGAGGAGGAGGAGGAGGAGGAGGAGGAGGAGGAGGAGGCGACAAACGACACGGCCAGCGAGGCGGGCACCUACACCAUCGAGAAGGACGCCCCGUGCGCGGAGGUGACGCGCGCGCGCCUGGAGGUGGAGAAGGCAGUGGCCGGCUCGAGCGGAGCCCAGCCGCUGGAGAGGAGCCAGGACGGCAGCUUCAAGAUGAGCACGUUCAAGGACAGUUCCAACUGGAUCAAAGAAUGGGCGACUCAUGUUGUAAACCACAAUACCAAUGGACAUGAACAGGUUGCGUCCAAAGCCCUCUCACCAAUACCGGUCCCAAAAUAUCCAGCUGGGAUGACUAGGAUCCCUUCACCUGUGAAUAGUCCUGGGUUCCUCCUGCCUUCCGGGCGGAAAGCACAUCCUUCGCCUCAACACGCCCGCAAGAUUCACUCUCCCUUGAACAUGCAAACUUUUCUCUCGCACGACUCGCUGUCGAGCCUGGAAGGGGGCGGGGCGGAGCGCCACAGCGACGGCAGCCUCGAGACGGAGUCGUUCCUGCGCACGACGGAGAGCGUGGUGACGGCCAUGCAGGCGCGCGUGGGGGCGCCCCCGGACUCCGGCGGGGAGUCUGAGGAGGAGGAGGUGAGCCCCGGGCCCCGGGCUCGGCACGUGGGGGGCGCGCGCUCCGACAGCAGCAGCGACGCGGACCUCCGGGGCCGGGCCAAGGAGCCCGCCCCCGCAGCCCCGCUGUCCACCAGGUACAACAGGGCCUUCAGUUUGAGACGAGCAAGGCUUGAUGAUCCAAAUGAAAAGAAGAAGAAGCCAACGGCAGAAGCAACGGCUUCAUCCGUCAGCAAAGCAAAAAAAGUUAACGAACCAGUGAAAAGCAACUUGGCAAAGAGUAAUAAACUUAAGAAUGCUAAACCCGAAAACACAUUUUCAAGAACAGAUGCUGGUAGAAUUAGCGUUAGAGGUCCAAAGACUGUUUCUCAGGCGCCUCACGCGCAGAAAGGCGGCGCGGCCAAGAGGGACGCGAAGAAGGGCAGCCCGGGCGCUCGCAGCAACUCCACGCUCUCCUCCAAGGAGGUGGAGUUCCAGAACUGGAAGCGCCGCAAGAGCUACGACCCGAUGAAGGCGGCGGCGGAGGGCAAGAAGAAAGAGGCGGCGAAGAAGGCGGUCAUGACCACGAGCAUGACGCAGUCCUCGUUCGCCGUCCCUGAGGCGUCUCCCAGCCAUCAGAAUCCUGUCCUGCGAUCUGCGUCCUUCCACGGAACUGGUGGCCUCACGCCCAAGUAUGUCUCGUCCGAGGAUGAGAUGACGCUCUCGGCUGACGAGGAUUCCCCGGUGUCCGGAUACCCUCCCCUCACCACCGCAUCACCUUCCAAGGUGAUGCUGGAAGGCGUGCUGGGAGGCAGCCGUGCGUCGCUCUACAGCGCCGCCUCCAGCUCCUCACUCCGCGCGAGGAACAAGAUGGAGGCGCUGGACAACCUCGUGUUGGCGGCGCUGUGCGGUGUCUCCAACAAGCUGCGCGCCAGCUCCAGCACGCUGCUCAGGAAACUGAGGGUUCUGUACGAGGGGGACGCGGAGCGCGCGGAGAAGCUGAGCGCGGCCAUCGAGCAGCUGCAGAACAGCGCGUGCGCGUCGCCGCAGACGCGCAGUCCCUCCAAGGAGCUCUCCAGCACGCUCAAGAACCUCAAGAAGCUGGAGAACGUCCUCAAAGUGCUGGAUGAAGUCCUGUUUGAAGAAGAAGAAUUUGAGGUUGAAGUUGACGAAUACUGAGAUACGUCAAUGAUAUACCGGAGUAAGUAUUCAAGAAUGCCAAGUGUUAUGCUGACUUAACAGAUGUGUGACACUAUAUUUUUAUGUCACCAAGUCAUCAGUCGAAAUUUAACUUACGAUACGUUCAUAUCCCUAUAGUCACAAUGCAGCUGAUUUAUCAUAUAUGUAACUUCUUGAAUGAGGUGUACAUUUGUGUGCCUUUCUGCAGAAAACAAAGGUAGAAAAUUCUUGGUAGCAGAUCUAAAAAUCAUAAAAUGUCUGACUAUUAAACAAAAAAAAACAUUUCUUAAAUUUUUAAAAUUUUAUUUGGUAUUAUGUCAUAAAAAUUAAUUCAAAGUAAAAAAAUCUGAAAUAAGUAUGGUAGAAACUAUUUAGUGCAAACUUAUUUAUUUUUAAAAUUGUUGAUGAUUCAAAACUUUCUGCUUGUUUCUUUAAUAUUCUAUUUAGCUUAUGUUAAAAAAAUUUAUGUAUAACAUCAUAAUUAUUAUUAUUAUUGUUUUAUUCGUCUCCUGUCACUAUCUACACCUGAGUGUGCAAUACUACCAGAGAAAAAUGCCUUCAUAGAAGAAGUGCAUAACAGAAUGAAAUAAUUUUUGUAAAUGCAUGCAGGUUUUUGGAAAUUAAUUUCUCUGUCUACUUACCAAAAAAAAAAAAAAAAAAAGCAAGAAAAUUUUAGUAAGAAAGCACAGAAAAAUAACACUCGAAUAUACGGAAGGGAAAGGCUGUGUGUUUAAGUGGGUAUAUCAGGAUCGGUAGACCAGGAAACGUAAAUGAAGUGAGUACUGGGUGACAAAAGACCAAGCGCAAGAUGACAACAAGAGAAUUUGCAGCAAUGUGAUAGUUUGACGGUACGUUCAUGUUUAGUUUCAGGACAUUCUUAGCUCGGAUGCGAUGGAAAUGUUUUUCAAGUGUACUCCAGAUAAAAUUCUAACUUUUCAAGAAUGAGCGCUGCAGUGUCUGCAAGCUUAGUGAGGAUUGAAUAACACUUCUGUAGGGGCAAAUAUGGUUUUGAAAUUUCCCCUUAAAUUAAUGACAGAAAUUAUAAAUUUUUUGAUUAAAAUUUUUUCUCAGUUUGAAAUAAUUUCUAAGUCCCUGCAGGUUCUAAUCAAACAAGUUUGACUGUACAGUGAUUAUUGUGUUCUUAUAAGUAUUAUUGUGGCUAGCGGGAAUGUAUGGCCUGGCCGAAACAAUUAUUGUUGGUUCUAGGAGUGUAGCCAGAAUCUUUCUUUGCCAAGCGAAUGCAAACAUUAUUUAUUAUAUAAAUUAUUAAACAAAAGGGGCUGCUACGCAGUAUUAAUUUUGACCCAAACAUACCAGUAAUAUAAGGUAUUGUUAUUGGUAGCCAGAAUGAAAGACGUAAAGAUGUAUAACACCAGGAUUUCAGCUUGGAUAUGCCCCUGAUGGCAAGCAUAUGUUUGUUAUAUCCAUUACAUGUAACGUAAUGUCUGUAACUAUAAAUGGGUGUUUUAUGUGACACCUGUAAUUUUCUAUAGAAUAAUUACUGUAAAUUCUUUUAUAGAAUAAUUACUGUAAAUUCUUUCAAGUGCAAUACUUUGGCAUGCAGUAAAUAGCUGUCAUAUUAACGUAUGUAUUGUGUUCAUGUGUGGCAUGAAAGUAUUUUCUGACCACUAUAGACAUAGUUGUACGUGUAUAGAAAAGUGACUGAUUAUGCCAGUAUUAUCUACAUAGUGGAAAAAGACAUCCUAGAUAAAUUUUUGAUGUUUAUGUACAUUUUUUUUACAGAUCAAGAAUGUAGAAAUUUGAUUAAUUCCAUUUAUGUAAUUAGCACUACUGGUUGCAUCAUGUUUGGAAAUGUUCAUAUGAUUUUGUUAUACUACAUUUGCAUAUAGUUUUUGUGAUAGUGACUUUUCAGCUAGUUUAAUUAGGUAUUAUAUAUUUUUAUAACUCAA